AUUUUCUCAUUUAAAAAAAAUAGACACCUGCAAAAGCUGAAAAAAAUGACCAUUGUGUGUCUCGAAUUUUUCAGCGGAAUCGGCGGACUGCACUAUGGGCUCCAAUCAAGCGGUAUCGACGCCCAAGUAGCCAUGUCCUUUGACAUGAACGAAAACGCCAACAGCGUCUACGAGCAUAACUUCCACAAGCGACCAAACAACAAGGCAAUAGAUUUUCUCAACCCCCAGGACAUUGACAAACACCAGGCCACCUGUUGGCUUCUCAGCCCGCCGUGUCAGCCAUACACUCGGGGAGGCAAAUACCUGGAUGACGAGGAUCCCCGUGCGCGCGGCCUAAUCCAUCUCCUCAAGCUCUUGCCCCAGUUGGAGCAUAUUCCGACUCAUUUUUUUCUCGAAAACGUUAUGAAUUUCGAAAACUCACGGUCCAGGGUUUUGCUGGUCGAGACUUUGGGCAAAAUGGGGUUUGAGAUUCACGAGUGUCUGAUGUCUCCUGUGCAGUUUGGUAUCCCGAAUAACCGACUGCGGUAUUUCCUGACUGCCAGACAGACGCAGCCUGGUAAAUCGGUAGAGGAGAGUGAGCGUUGGACGGCGGAGUACUUGGGGCGUGGUCGUGAGGCGGUUUUCACCCAGUGGCCGUUUGAUCCGGCAACCGGCAAAGCAGUGGUGGAGCCAAUGCCACCCCUUUCGUCGUAUAUCGACGAGGCCAAUAACACUGUGGAGUCCCUGAUGGUGCCGGAGGCGACUAUUUUAAAGCGCAAAAGAUUAGAGUUCGACAUUGUCGUGGCGUCGAGCGCAUUGACAUCGACUUUCACUAAGGGAUAUGGAUCUAAGCAUUUGAUUGGAUCCGGGUCGUUGCUGCAGACUAGGAGGCUGGAUAUUGUAGAGAAUGGAUUCGGAUCUCCCGAGAGACUGCUCGAUCUUGGGUUGCGCUUUUUUUCUCCUGGAGAGGUUGCCCGGUUGCACCAUUUUCCCUAUGAGGAGAACAAUGUUGGGGAAGAUCAGUGUAAAUCGGAUUCUCAAGUUGCGCAGCAGCAGAAGCAGAAGCAGAAGCCCAUCAGAUACACGCUUUCUUUUCCUCCAAGCAUCAACCAGAGUCAGCAGCUAAAGCUUAUUGGGAACAGCCUUAAUGUGCAUGUUGUCGCACAGCUUAUCAGAUUUGUGCUUUUCGCAGACAACAACGACAAGGAUUGCUAACUAAAAGAACAAUAGUUUUUUCUUCAAAUAAAUA